AUGCCAUGUCCAAAGCUCUGGGGUUUCCUGACAGUUUUUGGAUCUGCUUGCAUUUACUUAUCAUUUGGUUACAAUCUCACAACUGGUUAGCGUCUUUUUACUAAUGACUUUUUUAAAGGCAACAUGAAUCCAUAUCUCAUUGCUUAUCUGGGCAUAUCAAGGAGUCAGUGCAUAUGGUUUAAGGCAGUUAUAUUUGCUGGGCAAGCAUUGAGUAUGCCAGUUGGAGGCAUACUAGCCUCAAAAACAGGCUUCCGACUCGUAACGAUCAUUGGCUCACUAUUGACAAGGUGAGUAAAUUUUUAAAAAAUCAAUUGUUUUUUAGGAAAAACUUAACACAUUCCUUGCAGAACUGCAUCUUACCUAUUUAUCGUCUGUUUCUUGUAGCGCUGGAAUUCUUCUUUCUUACCUGACCAUCAAUUAUGGUUUUGGAGCUUUCAUUAUAACAUACAGUGUGAUGUUUGGCAUCGGAAUAGGACUGCCAUACUCUGUCCUUAUUUCGAUAGCUACCUCGGUAAGUAGGAUUUUCGGGCUUUUGCAUUAAGAAUAAGCCUAGUAAGCACCAAUUAAUUCUUUUUAAAGGAAAUUGUCCAUUUCAAUUUUAAUAUUUUAGUGGUUUCCGAAGAAUCGGGCUUUAAUAAUGGGCAUAUUAUCAGCUGGUUUAUGCAUUGGAGGUCUCGUGUUCAAUCCAAUUCAGAUAGCUGUGAUCAAUCCGCAUAACAUCCGAAAUCUAACUGAGUGAGUUUCCCUUGAAACUGACACAAAUGCAACUGAUAUCAGUUACACAUGUAUCAACUAAGAUGAAUGAGGGCGAGUAUCGUUCCUGUGUCCAAUCUAUUUGUUUGUUUCCAUGUAUUUGUGAUCGUCAAUUAAUUUAUAAUUGUUUUUUCUACCUUAAGUCCACAGGUUAAAGAUAACGUACCAAAGAACUUCCUUGUUCUCGGCGGAUUAAUGUUAGUUCUACAGGUCAUUGGCCUAUGUCUGUGCAGGAAGUGCAAAGAAAACACCAAUACUGACGUAAAUUUGUUGAGAAAAAUCUGUUUUAUCGCAGUUGUGGUUUUACUUAUUGAAAGGUUUAACUCUUAUAGAAACCAAUGGGUCCCGAAUCAACAGACGUUGAGUAAGUGCCUCAAAUAUCUACCAAAAUGUUCUAUUGUGUUCGUUUGCGAUCGUCUAACAACAUUCGGGCGGAUCGCAUUUUUGAGCUAUCACCAAUUUAACAAGUGCUUGCAUAAAUUUCUGCUUCUGCAUAGGGCACCGAGCGAAAGUUCAUCUUGGCCAAACUCAUCACAUUCAAUUGCCAACAACGGAAUAGACCAUAAAAAGGCGAGGUAAGAAAUCUGGAAAUUAUCCAUAAAAGACAAAUAUAUACUAACACUGCAUCCAAUAAUCCGUCAUAUUUUAGGCAAGAAGUUAUCAAUUAUACGGUAUCGGAAGCACUGAGAUCCAUCGACUUUUACAUAAUCUUCUUUAUAACCUUUUUGGUCAACAUGGUCAUUACGCUUCAGACGUCCACUUACAAGGUAUGCUAUGUCCCAGUAAUGGUUGCAUUGAGUUAGUACAUUCGAAUUUUCACUUUUUGCAUUUAUUGAUUAUUUUUUAAGGUGUAUGGUGGAGAUUUUAAUUUGGACGACCGCUUAAUGACAAUUAUCGUAACAGUGAAGUCUGUACUCAGUUGCUUUGAGGGGAUGCUGUGGGGCUCAGUGAAUGACAAGUUUUCGUUCAAGGUAUGUGCAUUAUUAUGCUUUGGCACUUAUAGUCCUGCACUUUCAAAAGGGUGGUCUAAACUACAUACAGGUGUCGCCACCUAAGAGUUCGUUAUGCACAUCUCACAUAUAUGCAUUUUUAUUGCAGCUCCCUUUUGGUUGGAUGUUGCUACAAUGGGCACUAUUCAUGGCCACUUUCCCUUUCAUCAACCAAGCUAGCUUCAUGAAUGUUCUAUUUGGCAUCUGGAUUUUCGCCCUCUUUUUCAGUAUGGCGGGGCAUUAUGUGCUCUUGCCGGCUGCAUGUACGAGCCUAUUUGGGCACAAAAAUAUGGCAACAAUAUACGGUCUCGUGUUCUUGGCCAAUGUAAGCCUUAAUAGUGAUGCUUAAGACAUCUCCAAUAUACGCCUUUUCGCACGGCACAUUUUUGUUAGCAUAAGCGGAUAUUUUUCGUAAUAUUUAGGCUCCCAGCUCUCUGUUGCUGUCGGCAAUCAUUUCGCAAUUCGAAAUCGCGGGAAAGUGGACUGCAGUGUAUCUCUCAUGCACUGCUAUUUUGUGUAUAAGUAUGUUCCUAAUAUUAAUUAAUUUCACAUUUGUUAACAGAUAUUAAGGAAAUAGGAGGUGACGAGUUUCUUUUUUUCAGGCUUCCUUCUUUUGCUAUUCCUUCGUGAUGACAGAAGCGCCUGCAACAAGAUCAACACACCUUGCGCCGCCAUUUGUGAUCCAUGCCGUAUAAUGCCGGGUCCAAAAGAAGACUUUUCUGAAACAACUUCAGAUCGAUCUACAGUCCGUGUUUAA